GGUAUAAAAGUCGCUUCACUUGACCUUUCAAUCUCAUUGUAUUCGUUUAUUUUAGUUCUGUGGUACGCUAGCUAUUUGUAAAUUAGCGUUACAACAAUAACAUCGUUAUUUCCUUGUAGUAAUAUUGCGAACAAACAAGAUAUGGAGUUGAAAACGGUGAAUUUGUUUCUUUUAAUUGCGUUGUCGAUUUGUUUCGUGCACAACGCAAUUGCUAUGCCAAGGGACAGUGCAGCAAUUCACGAUGAAAGUGUUGUGCCAAUAAGCAGUGAAGCCUUGGCAGCAAAAGAGGAUACCACAAAAUUGGAGAAAUCAACUACAGAAUUAACAAUCCCUGGACGCAUUUCCUGUAAAUAUGAAGAACCUACUGAUGAUACAAUUUGUCAAGAACAUUGUCUACCAAAAGGCUACAACUACGGCAUAUGCGUUAGUUACACAUGCAGUUGUAUUUAAUUAAAAGAUCAAUUAAUUUUAGGCAACACACCAAUGAUAUUUAAGAAAUAAAAUAAAACAUUGUGUAAUUGUA